AUGUCAACCAUACCCAUCUCCCCCGCGGAAAUCGUGAGUGAGAAGACACAUCAGAUCGCAGGUAAGGUACCUUUUGCCCUUUUUCCCCCCUUCCGUCCCCCUUCCCUCCCUCCCUCCCUUGAUUUGCUUCAAACAUACUGAAAAAAAAAAAUUCCCUCAUGCAAGGCAAACUCAAAGUCACCGAACACUUCUUCGACGUCCCCAAAGACUACAGCGAACCCUCCAAGGGCACGAUCCGCCUCUUCGCCCGCUCCGUCCAGAAAAAUGAAUCCCCCAUCAUCGUCCCUCCAGCCAACCCCAAAAAAACUUCAAAGGACGAACAACAACAACAACAGCAGCAACUCCCGUGGAUGCUCUUCCUCAACGGCGGCCCCGGCCUCCCAUGUAGAAGCCCGCAACACUACCCGUUCACGCACCGCGUGCUGGAAGCCGGCUACCGACUGCUGUUUCUCGAUCAGAGGGGCACGGGACUCUCCACGCCCGUGACGGCGUCGACCCUCCAGAUGCGAGGGUACGAGGAUGUGCAGGCGCGGUAUUUGAAAUUGUACCGUGCCGAUAGUAUCGUGAGGGAUUGCGAGGCGAUCCGCAAAGCACUGACGGCGGAUUACGAAGGGGAAGGGCACGAGGAGAGGAGGAAAUGGAGCACGAUGGGACAGAGUUUCGGGGGCUUCUGUACGGUGACUUAUCUGUCUUUCUAUCCCGAGGUAAACAAAUGCCGCUCUGGCUCGGUGUUUUGAAUUCUGUUCGCUGAUGAGAAAUUCGUCUGUAGGGUCUCAGGGAAUGCUUCCUCUUCGGCGGUCUCCAACCGCUCGUCAAGUCCCCCGACGAAGUCUACAAACGCCUCUACGUCAAAGUCAAAGAACGCAACGAGGCCUACUAUGCCAAAUACCCGGAAGACGUCGACCGCGUCAAGACCAUCACCCGCUAUCUCAGUCGUUUCGGCGACGGCAAGAUCAAACUCCCGUCCGAGGGGAAUCUCACCCGCCGUCGAUUCCAACAGAUCGGAAUCGCCCUCGGUUUCCACGGCGGUCUCGAUUCCGUACACGAUGUCGUUCUCAAGGGCAGUUACGACAUCGAAGCUUUCGGACACCUGACCCGAGGGACGCUGUCUGCUAUCGAUCACAUGUCUGCGUUUGACGAUCAUCUCUUGUACGCCAUCAUGCAUGAGCCCAUCUACUGCGAGGGCACUGCACCCAACUGGUCCGCGCACCGCAUGCAGCAAAAUUUCGCCGAAUUCAAUCUCGACCGCGAAGACGGCGGGCCCAUCUAUUUCACCGGCGAGAUGAUCUAUCCCUGGAUGUUUGAGGACUACGCGGAAUUACGCAAAGUCCAAGAUGUCGCGAACCGCGUGGCUUCCGACCCCGACUGGCCCGCUCUCUUCGAUGAGGACCAGUUGGCCAGGAACGAGGUUCCCGUGUAUGCUGCUUCGUACAUUGAGGACAUGUACGUCGACACGGAGUUCGCGAUGGAGACGGCCAAGAAGAUCAGAGGCUGCAAGGUGUUCUCGACCAACGUUUUGUUUCAUGAUGCGAUUCGGUCCAAGAUGGAUGAGGUGCUCCGGCAGGCGUUUGCUUUGAGGGAUGAUGUUCAUGACUGA